UAAUUAUUAGUGGGCUGAGGAGGGCUGGGGAGGGCUGGGGAGACCUCCCUAGAUCAACCUAAUAAUUGCAAUUUAACUAAGUCUAACAAGAUGCCACCUUUUUGUUUAAAUACCAAUUUCUCUUUCAAUAACUACACCAGUGUUACCAAUAUCUUUUACGAAUAGUAUCAUUAUUUCGAUUGACCAAUCUCGAAAUGCAUCUUGAACCUUGUGACCCACCCCUUGUUGAUCCUUUGUUUGUGGAACGACUUCUAAGUUUCCAACUGAGAGAAUCUUCAUUAUUUCUACAGGGAAAAGCUAUUCCUCAUUCGGACAGAUCCUUGAAGCCUAUAAUCUCAAUUCCCUCGCCCAAUGAAGAUUUGACUAGUCUCAGUUUCACAUCUCCCCUUGUUCACCAUUUACAUUGUUCUGAGAUUCCUACUCCGCCUUCACUCUCUUUACAGUCCAUCCCUAACAACACUACUCCUAAGUCUUCCAGACGUCUCUUGGAUACCAAACCUCGGCAGAUUAUUACUCCUGUAAAACCUGAACCAAUUCGAGCUCAACGACCUAUCAAGAUCCCUUUAAAACCCCAACCUGCCCGCAGUAAAACUAUUAUCAUCGCACCUCUAUCACCACCCACAUCUGUACAAUCAGGAUUACCUAGCCACGAUCAAGUAGAUUCGCUCAAACAGACGACCUCUAGAAAACGACCUCAUCCUUCUUCUCUGGAGAGAACCCUAGAUGGUAGGAUCAUACUGACUCGUGAGGUUAUAGAAGAAUCGCGGGAAAGAUUGCGGGCCAAGAGGCCCCGACUCCGACACGAGAUCGGUGGAGAAAACAUCUCCGUUUUGGAGAGUUGGUAUCAAAAGUAUUCCUACCUCAGCAAGGAAGGACGAAAAGUUUUGGCGGAGCAAACUGGGCUUCCAGUAAAAACUGUCAUGUACUGGUUUCAGAACAAGCGCCGUAUGAUGAAACAGAAAAUGGGAAUCGACCAUUCUACUUCCAUGGCAAGAUUGAUGAAGUGCUAA